AUGAGUUCCUUCCUAGCUCUGGAAGGCGAACACCAGAGCUUGGAUGAUGGUCUCGAAGUUCGGGCCUUCCCGGGCAAGGGCAAAGGUCUGAUCACCACAAAAGCUUUGAAGAAAGGAGAAACAAUACUACUCGAUACUGCACGUAUCAUCGCGAGCUCGCAUUUCCCCACGCAGGUUACGCGUGCGCAAGGCCAAACACUCUUCAGUGCCGCACUUGAUCGAUUACCUCAGGCAGAUCGGAACUCGGUGCUCGCAUUAGAUCAGAGUCUGGGUGGCAGCAAAGUUGAAGACAUCAUGAAGACCAAUGCCUUCGCAUGCCAGCUCGCUGAUGGCGAAGUAGACGAUGCUUACAUGUGUCUCUUCCCUUCCGUUGCCCGGAUCAAUCACGCGUGUCAACCCAAUGCGCACGCGCGCUUUAUUCCGAAGACUCUGUCGAUGGAGAUCAAAGCUCAACGGGACAUCGCCGCUGGGGAAGAAAUCGGUAUCUCGUAUGGCAAAAUCGACUUGAAGCACGCCGACAGACAGGCACUCUAUCAGGAAGGCUGGAACUUCAGAUGCACUUGCUCUCUUUGCACUGCUUCGCAAUACGACGUAGCUGGUAGUGACCAGCGCCGUGCGAGGUUCGCCCAACUGCGCAAGAUGCUGGAAAACUUGACGGCAGAAACCUACGAUGCCCAACAAAUUGUUGCUUGGGAGAAAGAAGUCAUGGAGAUUAGUCAACGAGAGGGUUUGGAUACUCUGCUCGCCCAGGACUAUGAGAGACUGGCGUACGUGUACGCAGGUCAUGGAAUGAUGGGAGAUGCCAGACGUUGGGCAAAGAUGGCGAAAGAAAGUUUAUUGGAAUGGGUGGUGGUUGAUGGAGGACCGCGCAAUCAGAUAAGGAGGAUAGAGGAGUUGCUCAAAGAGCUGGAUGGCUAA